AGUUCGUUCACGUGAAAAUGGCGUGCACUUCUGCUCAAAUUUACGUAACUUAUUUCACACACAAGGUUCUAGUUUUGUAGGGUUUUGACACCAGUUUUUGAAGGUAAAACCAUGGCAUUUCAGAACUCAAUUCGAGGAGCAGCCAGGAGGCUUCUGACACCCCGUGUUGAAGGAAACAAGUUGGAUUUUGCAAGGAAAAUAAACUGGAAUUGUGGAACACACGGCGGACAUGCUGGACGACCGAAGUGGCGAUGGAUUCACGCCGUGCAAGUGACACUAUUGCGGGGACAAAGUCUGUCCGAGAGCUUGGAUGCCAUAUUCAGACUUCUCAAACGGCAACUUCACGUCUAUGCUUCACAGAAAUUGCGUCGUAUGGAAGGAGUACUAAGCAUUUAUGGCUCAAUAUAUGCGGAAAAUAUGCUUCAGACAUUGACGGCGAACUUUUCAAGGAGAUUCUUGAGGGGCAGGAAACGACCAUUUUAUUUUCUGUUUGGAGGAGCCUGCUUUGUGUGGGACAGGGAGAAAAUAUCCGACAAUGAAAUUGAUAGAUGCGUAGAUGACUUUGAAGUUGUAGCUGAGUUAGAGAGAUUAGAGUCUGCUGGUGAGCUGAGCCUCACUAAAGCAUCUUGGGACACCAUCUUCAACAAUGAUCAUCUGAAGGUGUGGAGAAGACCGUUAGAUGAUACUUAUCUCUACGAGUACAAAGCUUACGGACGUUUCAUGGACAUUUCGGCCAAGGCUUUCUUCCAAGUCCAGAUGGAUCUGGAGUAUCGUAAAGUAUGGGACAAUUAUGUCAUCAAUCUGGAUGUGAUUGACAAGGAUGAGGAGACGGGGUCAGAGGUCAUCCACUGGGUCACACACUACCCUUUCCCGAUGUACAGUCGAGACUACGUCUUCACUCGUCGUACUAAGAUUGAUCACACAAAUAAGGUCAUGACCCUUGUAUCAAAAGCAGUCCAGCAUCCAUGUCGACCAAAGAGUAGGAGUCAUGUCAGAAUUGACUCCUACUUCUCACAGAUGGUCAUCAGACCACACAAAAGCUUUGAUGAGAAUGGAUUUGACUUCAUCCUGACUUACCAUGAUGACCCCAAGACAUCAUUUCCAAGCCCUUGUGUCAACUGGGUUGCCAGAUCUGGUUGUCCUGAGUUCUUGGAGAAACUCCACCAGGCAGCAAUGCAAUACGACAACCACAAUUUCACAAUGUCAUCCGUGAGGGAUCUUACGACUGCCUCCACAUCCAGCUCUCAGGAGUUUGGUCGAAACUCACCGGGCCAGUAUUCAUUAUAAGACCAAUCAUCUAAUGUUGAUGU